AUGGAUUAUGAAAGCACGUCUUUUGAACUUGACAUCGCAGAUAAUGAGACCGAACGUAAGUGCAAAUUUUUUUCCCUGUCAAUAGCAAAACCGUGAUUUUCAGUGGAGUCGUGCGCAUACGCGGAGCCCGUCUACGUCAAGGAACGCUUUUGGAUGGUGGCGAUAUUCGGAACGGCGGUCUGCAUCAUCAACAUCCUCGAGAACACCUUCCUCUCAUUCAUGCUCUUCAAAAAGUAGGAGACAACGUGGUCGCAACGCUCCCUUACUCUGAUUUCCAGAAAAUCAUACCGCUCGAGCCACAUGCUCUACCUGGCUCUCCUGGCGUUUUUCGACGUCUGGAUGGCGGUCGCGUACAUUCCAUUAAUGAGUUUGAACUUGUUCGUGGACUAUUAUAAGUCGGUGACACUGCUCCGUGCCUGGUUCGCCUACAUGCUGCCCAUGAUCACAGUGUCUCAUAUUGCAAUGACAGCUUCUUCUUUUCUGAUGGUAACUCACUGUUUCAUUCUUGUCUUAUGGAAUUAUCAAUUUAUUUUCAGGUGGCAGCAUCAUUGGAAAGAUAUGUGAUCACGUGUCAUCCAACAAAAACGAGAUGGCUCCAGAAGAACCGAGUGUGGGUGGCCGCCUUCAGUAUUUUUCUCGGUGUGGCCUGCAAGUUUUCUCAAUUGUUCGAAAUGGAUGUGAGUGAUGAGACAAGAGGCUUAAAAAGUAUUCUCCCUUUGCAGAUCAAGUACCUGUCCCAUUGCUACGACACAAUGCGAGAAUACCAGCUGAGCUUGUCGCCAUUGGCUCUUCACGAAGUGUACAGCUACUGGCGAGUCCUGUUCCGUACCAUCGUCACCAUCCUCAUCCCGUUCUUCCUGCUCGCUUUCAUAAACAUUCGGAUUGUGUUGGUGCUUUCGAAGAACGAGUUCAAGUUCCUUCAGUCGACGAAACUGAGCGAAGCGAAACGGAAGUCCGCAGUUCGGAACGCCACGCGGACGCUCGUCUUCAUCGUAUUCACCUACCUUCUCUCGAAUGUUCUCAACGUCAUAAUCAUUCUUUGGGAAUACAUUGACAUCGAAAUGCUCACUCAACAGUUUGAGACGUUCUACAUGUUCGCUGUCGACGUCGUCUCCCUCUCCACCAUCGUUUCCGGAGCUCUUCGUCUUCCGAUUUAUGUCAUUUGCCAGGCGAAUUUGAGAAAAGAGUUUUUCGCGCAACUCAAGAAAAUGCUCUCAUUCAGUAGUUACACUGUAGGUUCUCUAUUGAAGAGCAAUCAAAAAAGAAAGUGUGCUUUCAGGGAUACCUCUCUUCUCCUUCCAAGAAUAUGACCGUGGAGGAUGUUGACCUUGAUCGAAGAACUCCCGAACCUUGCGCCGAUUCCCAGAGACCGUAUCCAAUUCUGCUUUCUUUAGGUAGAGCACAAUGAAAAUCUGAACACCACUCUAACUUUGUGAUUUCCUCCAGGUACCGUCUUGCUCGUUGAAUCCGAUCAGAAGAGUGAUUCCUCCGGCGCCACCGUCUGCAAAGUUAUCCGACAACACAGUCAUCAUCGGAUGAACGGUGGAUUCUCUGGCAUGAGCGAGAAGGUCCAAAUCGUCUAG